AUGGCAUUCGAGGCACCCAAAACGGAUGGCUACACAGCUAUGGAAGGACGACGUCAAGGUUCGAAUCUCGUCAUCUAUGGUACCGCCACUUGCUGGAAAACAUUGAGCGAGGAUAUGUGUGCUGCUUGCCUAUCAAAUGCUGCUAGCACCGCCAUAUCAUGUUUGCCAUCAACACAGGUCCAUGUUAUCAACACUGGAUGCAUUUUGCGUUAUGCUGAUUAUGACUUCAUUAUUGUUGACUUAAAAAACAAACAAAGAGAAAUUUUGAUGAAAUGCACAGCAAUUCUUCUUGGUGCAAUUGCUAUUUGUUCAUUGCUUAUUGUAGUUGCACACCAUGGGACUAAAAAUGUUGACACACUCUGGGGUAUUCCAAUUUUACGAACAGGACUAGAGAUGAACCCAGGUAGAGUAAAAUUAAGCUCAUGGUUCAUGCAGUUUGAGUACUCGACAUUAGAGAGAGCAACCAAUGUUUUCAAUGAAUUCCAUAAACUUGGCGAAGGGGGAUACGGUGAAGUUUACAAGGGAACCUUACAAGACGGAAGAGAAAUAGCGAUAAAGCGAUUCUUUUUGAGUGGAAUGCAGGGAAAACAACAAGUUUUCAAUGAAAUUGAUGUAUACAGCAAAGCUCAACACAAGAAUCUAGUUCGGUUCCUUGGUUGCUGCUUCACCUCCACAGAAAGCUAUCUGGUUUUUGAAUUCCUUGCAAACAAAAGCCUUAACUGCAUCUUGUUUGAUCCGGAGAAGAAGAAACAGUUGGAUUGGCCAAAGAGGCAGGGUAUAAUCCUUGGCGUAGCUGAUGGAUUGGAACAUCUGCAUAGCAAUUCUGAAGGGCCAAUAAUUCAUAGAGACAUCAAAGCCGGAAACAUUUUAUUAGACUUGAAAUAUAGACCAAAGAUCUCUGAUUUUGGCUUAGCAAAGUUGAAGUCCUAUGACUCUACAUCUAUUGUAGGCACAUUGGGGUAUAUGGCACCAGAAUAUCUUGCUGGUUGUCCCAUAACAGAGAAAGUAGACGUUUACAGCUUUGGAAUAUUAGUGCUUGAAAUUAUCAGUGGAGUGGAGAAUGCAAAAUUUGAGUCUAGUGAAGAAACAUUUGAGACUCUUGUUUCUCAUGCAUGGAAGCAUUUCAAAUCAAACACAACGUCAAAAAUUAUUGAUGAAAGCAUGGAAAAUCAAGAUGUUGAAGAAAUUGCAAGAGUUAUCCAUGUGGGACUUCUGUGCACACAAGAGUUGUCGUAUCUGCGUCCCAGCAUGACAGAGGUGGUAGCAAUGCUUAGACAGAAGGAUGUUGUAAUGCCAUUACCUUCCAAACCUCCUUUCAUUGUUGAUUCUUUGGAAUUUCCACAAGAAACAGAAUCUAGUUGGGAAUCCAAAGGUUCAGAUGAUUCAGAAUCCACAGUACCUUUAAAUUUUGGAGAAAGAAGUGUGUAA